AUGAUCGACACCCUCUACCCCUACUGGGGACCACCCGAGACCCCUCACGCCGAGUUCCCCGUCGACCUAGUCCUGCGUAACUGUCCGGACGACUUACGCGCGGAGAUGAUCCGAUGCAUGCAGUGGUCGAAGGAAGACAGCGACGAGUGGGUGCGGCGGAACUGGAAGGACAACGCCGACGAGCUGGACGAGCUCGAGGCCGAGGAGCCGCCACCCGGGGUGCUCAUCCUGGCUAAGGGAUUUGUCCCCGUGGGUGAGGGACAGGGGGAUCGACGCGUGAUGGUGGAUUAUCUGCGGGAGAAGAGGGUCGGGUGGGAUUUGUUUCCGCAUCAGUUUAUUGCGGCGGUUUGGGAGGUGGGAGGGCAUCAUUUUGGAUUGUUUGAGAAGGACACGAUCCGAACAACGACGGAGAAAGUUCGACUGGCGUGUGAUCUGUUAGCGGAUGAUUGA